UUUAUAAUAUCUCGUUUGACUAAAGCCGGCGAGCAUCAGUUGUGUGUAGUUUCUCUGAGAAGUGAUACCAAGGUGUGUCGAUGUCUGCGGAGUACAGCGCGAGGAUCACGGUGACGGGAGGCAUGGGCGGCAAUGGGGAUGUGUACAAGAAGACCUUUAAUGGGAGCUGCCAGGUGGGGCUCAAGAAGGGAAAGAGUUCCAUCGCCCAGAGAGCUGAAGCGUACUUGCAGGCUGUGAGCAAAAGCCAGGGGCCGCCGCCCAAGGUGACUGCAUCAUCGAAGCCACAGUUGCCGCGGUUGGAGGUGGUGACGCGGGUCGCCGCCAUCCCCAUCGUGGAGUCUGGGAUCGGGGUCACCGAGAAGAUAUACUUCAGGAUCAAGGAGUCGAACCCCCUCUUCCGCUGGUACCUGUCGCUGUACGAGAAGACGCUGAGCACGGGCGUCCAGCUGGCGCUCCCAGCAGUGCAUCUGCUGGAGUCGCCCAUCCAUCAGCUGGACCGGUUCCUGUGCGCGUCGCUGGACGUGGUGGAGAAGCGAGUGCCCUCUAUACACCUGCCGCCGCAAACUAUGUACAGUGAAACCCGACAGUUCGUGCUCCGGCGGGCGGACUCCGUCAAGCAACUCGGCACGGCCGUGCUGGACUCUCGCGUUACCUGCGCGACCGCCAGCGCGCUGGACCGCGCGCUGUCCACCGCCGACAAGUACGUCGACAAGUACCUGCCGCCCGACACCAAGGAUCCCGUGGACGUGAGCAUCAUAGUCCAGGACGCGGAGUGUUCCGGGUCGGGCGGGCGCGCGGCCGCGGCGCAGGCCGUGCAGCACGGCGCGCGGCUCCGGCGCAAGCUGCAGCGGCGCCUCACGCGCCAGGCGCUCGCCGAGGCCAAGGCCAUCCGCGAGCAGAUACACGUGCUCGUCUACGUGGCGGAACUAGUGGCCACGGACCCUGUGUUGGCGUGGAAGAAGGCCAAGGAGCUGUACUCGUCGCUGAGCCAGCCGGAGCCGGAGAACCAGGCGCGGCCGGAGACGCUGGAGCAGCUGGUGGUGCUGCUGGCGCGCGAGACGGCCCGCAAGCUCGUGCACCUCGUCAACUACACGCACACCGACCUGCCCAGAAACGUGAGCACUGGCUUGGCGAUGGUGACUAAACAUCUCUCCAGUGCCGCAGACGCGCUUCUCAAGACGUUGCCAGUAGACUCCGCGCUGGCCGAGGUCCGCGGCUGGAGGAGCAAGUUGGAGGAGUUGCUGCAGCAGCUGCAGGCCAGCUCUAAGGUCUAUUUGGAACACCUAGCCAUCUUCCUCGCGGGCAACGAAGAGAGAGAGAAGAUCGCGCCGCGCUCCUCGCUCGAGCAGCGCGAGGACCUCGCCGCCAUCAACGGAGUCAACUAGUACUUUACUGUUUAGUUGUUCAUUUUUUUUUGCCGGCUGUACACACUCGUCGAGAUCCCCUUUCUGAGUCUCGGCGCCGCUCCGACCCAAUCGGAGAAGGAAGCAGUACACUCUCGUUCUCGGCCUGUCUCGGGGUCUCUCGACGACGAGUGUGUACACCCGGCAUUUGACUGACCGUUUGUAGAUCUUAUUGCAAUGUGAUAAGGUCUGCCAACGAUCAGUGUCUUGCUAUUAGUAUGUGUAUUUAGUAUAUAAUUGAGUUAGCGAAGUAGAUAAGAGGAGCGUAGAAGGCAGAUUGCGAAGUUCGAAAUUUCAUUAUCCCUCCCUUCUUCCCUAUACUAGUCGCUCGAAUAUGCGAGAGCGUUAGAGAGGCAAAUAAUGAAAUUUAGAUUCUCGAUAUCGGCGGAACGUCCUCUGUGAGCGGUGUUGUCAUUAUGCGUUGCUAUUUGAUCCUUAUUUGAAAUUUACACCACCCAAGGGAAAAUGAACAGUACCUACCUACGAUAUAUUCUAAUUCGAGUCGCUGGCAAAGCCUGUAAAUAUUAUGGUGUUUGUUACCAUAGUAUUUAAUAAGUUCGCGUCUUUCAAAAGAGUUGCUUAUUAAUUUAUGAAAUACUCAAAGUUGAAAUGUAAUUAUUUUAUUUUAUGACUGUAAAGUUAUGAAUAUCUUAUUUUAUUUAAAUAUAUUUUACCUAUUUUGGAUAUAAUUCAUUGUUAGAAUAAAGAGUUCUCUCGCAAUGAACUUUUAUUGUAACGAUUGUAGUUAUAAUUUUAUUAUAGUAAACUUAUGUGUAUUAUUUUGGUGUUGAUCAUUAUGUAGAAUAAUACAAUGUAAGAAACUAAAUAUAGAUAAUAUAAUAUAAAGUUUUCAGUAGAUU